CGCCCCCCCCCCCCCAUUUCGACCUCGACCCCGUUCUCCGUCUCCACUACCCACCUCAUCUUUCCGCCCUGCAGCAACGGCAACCACCACUGCCACUACCUACCUGCCUGCCUUACUACUACUCCGUACCACUGGGCUACUACCACCACACUUUACUCGACUCCUCCUGCCCGCUGCCACUCUAACCCCCAACUACCUGCGCCUGGAAAUCACACCCGACUCCGACUCCGACCCCGACCUCGACAAGACAAGACACUCGACACGACACGACGCGCCGCGCGAUAAGGGAGAGACUGAGAGACCGGUCUUAAUUUUUCUUUCCACAGGUCUCUGUUCCUGCACAGGAACAUCAUUGAUCUAGACAAUGGUCGUCGCUACUAUCAAGUGUGUUGUCGUCGGCGACGGUGCGGUCGGAAAGACAUGUCUUCUCAUCAGCUACACGACGAACAAAUUCCCCUCCGAAUACGUUCCGACCGUCUUCGAUAACUAUGCCGUCACCGUUAUGAUCGGUGACGAGCCUUACACACUGGGACUGUUCGAUACCGCCGGUCAGGAAGAUUACGACAGACUCCGCCCCCUUUCCUAUCCCCAGACCGACGUCUUCCUCGUCUGCUUCAGCGUCACAUCACCCGCCUCCUUCGAGAACGUCCGCGAGAAGUGGUUCCCCGAGGUACAUCACCACUGCCCCGGCGUCCCUUGCCUUAUCGUCGGCACCCAGGUCGAUCUGCGCGAGGACCCCAGCGUCCGCGAGAAGCUUUCUAAGCAGAAGAUGUCUCCGGUACGGAAAGAGGAUGGUGAGCGGAUGGCGAAGGAUUUGGGUGCGGUCAAGUACGUCGAGUGCAGUGCUCUGACGCAGUACAAGCUGAAGGACGUCUUCGAUGAGGCAAUUGUUGCGGCUCUGGAGCCUCCUGCCCCGAAGAAGAAGUCACACAAGUGUCUUGUGCUUUGAUCGUGGGACCCCUUGACGCAUGGGUCUUGCUUUCCUCCCGCCAUGCCUACCCAGUUCUGGCUCUGGCGGCGAGCGGAAAAGCCGAGAACCAGGCUUGGACAUUUUCUCUUGCCAUCCAGAUGCGCGCGCAAACGGUUCUGGGUUUCCAUCUUCGAACGGCAUUUUGGACCUUUUUUUGCAGCGCGCAUGGCAUUGGACACGCUAGGUCUU